CUCUUUGCCUCUUCCCCAUGUCAUCUUCAUUUCCUCCUUACAUGAGCUUGCUCAAAAAGCAAUAUUAGUGAUAGUUGACAGCAGGCGAACAAACGCAAGAGUUGAGUGAGGACAGAAAUCUGUACCCGGUGCAGAAGAGGAUUUUCUUUACUCUGAAGGACCUUCAGAGGAGUGUGUGUCCUGUGCUGCUGGAUGCUUGGCUGAACUUUGGCGGAAUAUCUGGUGCGCAUUUAAAUCCAAGUAUCCCUUCCUCACCACAUCAGGCCCUUUGACCUUUAGCCCUAACGUCCCAGGUGGAGUGCGAUCUGGUGGGAUGGCAGAGGGCGGUGAGGGUACAUGCCCCCAGGUGUUUGUGGUGGACAGCCAGGCCAACUACGUCUCCGUGCCCAGCAGGAGGAACCCGAGGUGGGCGAGAGCAGGCCAAAAGUUUCUUUUCCUGCUGGUGGGACUCGCCAUGUUGGGACUUGUUGUUGAGGGAUUUUUAAUCUACAGUCUAUACAAAAAAACUGAGGCUUUUUCCCUCAGUGGGUCUCAUCCUCUCUGCCAGAACCAGUCCAAUCCCAAAACGUCUGGCCAGCAGGGUGGCACCAUAAUGAGUCAAGUGGGACCUAAAGAGUCCAAUGAGAUUCCCACAGUGCGACCACAUCCAGAACAGGUCCAACAGAGGCCCUUUGCUCAACUUAUAGGCUCCAGCAAUCCUGUAGGGCAGAACAAUGUGGUGCAGUGGGUACAUAAAGGUGGCGACGGCAUCACUCACAACAUGGGCUAUAAAAAUGGCCGGUUGUUGGUCGAGAAGGAGGGUUACUACUACCUCUACUCCAAAGUGACAUUAAAUACCGCAGAGGAGUGUUCGCUUAACCAGCACAAAGUCAUGAAAGACACCAAGGCCUAUGAUGUUUCUAUAGAACUUAUGAAAUCAAAAAGUUUACGCUGCCGGCUCCCGAAAAGUCCAAAGGCGUCAGAUGGGGAGGAUCUGUUUAACAGUUUUCUGGCUGGGAUCUUCCAACUGCAGAAGGGAGAUGAAAUUUUUGUCACACUGGAUAAUAUACAGAAGAUGCUUCCAGGAACUACUGACAACUUGAUGGGGGCCUUUAUGAUAUUUCCAUAGAGGCAUAUAGAAAUGCCUCUGUCCCACAUUGUGAUCAGAUUCUAUGUCUCUGUGUGUUCAUUUACCCCCUAUGUUGUGGUGAAUUUUUAUAUAUCUAAUAUAUACAAUAUAUGUAAUCUAAAUUAUACUGUACUGAAAUGUAUUUGAAUCACUUGUGAAAAAGCAACACAUGGUUGUGAUAUAAAAAGUAUCUGAUAUUCAGGUUAUAUAAUCCUACUUCAUAAUUUGUUAUAUACUUUUUUGUGUGAAUAAAAUAUUGUUUCUUAUCAAACCAAAA